UGUCUGUGUUCUGUACUGUCUGAGGGUUCAGCAUGGAUGUAUGUCUUUGGCAGUUGGACAGGUGAAUGGACUUAAUGAGGAUAUGCAAUAUGUUACAGUUUAUUAGGGUGUGUUUUCUAAAACUGGAGGAAUCUCUCUUCAUGGGAACGCAGGCUGUUGUAGUGAGUUAACAACAUGCAGGCUGUUGUAGUGAGUUAACAACUCUCUUUACUGCAUGGCUUGAUUCUAUGUCUCCUUAUGGAUUAUAGUACAGUAGGAACCGUCAAAGUCUUGGUGUGACUUUGUUGGAUGUACAAGUUAUAAACUGGUAUAUAUAUUUUUGACUUAUCUGAGCAAAUAGUGGCAGUGAGGAGACAAUGCAGAGGUCAGGGUUCCUUUGUGUGACAGUGCUGUGCUUGGAGUUCUUCUGUCUAAUCUCCUCCCAGCCUCAGUCCAAGCUUCAGCAGUGUAGACCGAUGGUGGGUCCCUCUGCCCUGCCAGUGCUACAGAGGGAUGGGAAUGUGAUGCUAGGGGGCCUCUUCUCCCUCCAUGACAUGGUGAUGCAGCCUGACUUCUCCUUCACCUCCAAACCAGCCCGCUCACGCUGCACCGGGUUUAACUUCCGGACAUUCCGCUGGAUGCAGACCAUGAUGUUUGCCAUCGAAGAGAUCAACAGAGAUGAUCAUCUGCUCCCCAACUUCACUCUGGGAUAUAAGAUAUAUGAUUCGUGCAGUACUCCUUACCACGCCCUGAGGGCUUCUGUGGAACUGAUGGGGGGAGAAGGGGAAGGAGAGGUGGAGGGGGGAUCCUGUCAUGGCCUGGUUCCAGUGGUCAUCGGGGAUGGAGGUUCCACUCUGUCUCUGGUGGUGGCUCGCUUCCUGGGAGUCUUCAGAGUACCUCAGGUCAGUUAUUUCUCUAGCUGUGCAUGUCUCAGUAACAAGGCAGAGUUCCCAGCCUUCCUCAGGACCAUGCCCAGUGACUUCUUCCAGGUGGAUGCUCUGGUGCAGCUCGUCCAGCACUUCAGCUGGAAAUGGGUGGGUGUGGUUGCCGGGGACGAUGCAUAUGGUCGUGGGGGAGCACAACUAUUUUCUGAGAAGGUGCAGAGGCUCGGUGCCUGCAUGGCCCUCCAUGAAAUCAUCCCCAAAAACCAUGCGGAAGGGGCCAUGGCCUCCAUCGUUGCCCGUAUUCGGUCCUCUGGGGCUGGCGUGGUUCUGGUGUUUGCCCUGGAGCAGGAUGCUGGCGCUUUGUUUGAUGAGGCCCUGCGGCAGGGUCUGACAGGGGUGCAGUGGCUGGCCAGCGAAGCCUGGAGUACAGCCUCAGUUCUCUCCACCCCAACCCGCUUCCUCCCCAUCCUCCAGGGCUCCAUGGGCUUCGCCAUCCGCCGAGCUGGGCACAUCCCUGGACUACAGGAGUUCCUGCUGCGUCUCCACCCCUCCAGCCCAGACGCCUCCGAGGACCCGUUCCUACGCCCUUUCUGGGAGGAGGUGUUUAGGUGUAGCCUGCAGGGUGAUGGGGGUGGAGAUAGUCAGGGGGGUAAACCUCUGUGCUCUGGGUUUGAGGACCUGGGCAGUGUCAGGAACAUCUACUCUGACGUGUCUCAGUUGAGGAUAUCCUAUAAUGUGUACAAGGCUGUGUACGCCAUCGCCCACGCACUGCAUGCUAUGAGGAGCUGUGAGACAGGAAGAGGACCUUUCCCUCUGCAUUCCUGCCCAAAUACUGACAGCAUACAGCCAUGGCAGCUCCUGCACUACCUGAAGCAGGUGGAGUUCUCUAACUCGUUUGGUGAUGAGACUAAGUUUGAUGUGAACGGGGACCCAGUAGCUGUGUAUGACCUGGUGAACUGGCAGUUAGGGGCAGAGGGCCAGGUGAAGUUUGUCACAGUGGGGAGGUUUGACGAGACUACCAGCCUGGGCAGGAAGAAACUAUACAUCCAGAAAACGGACAUCAUCUGGAAUGGAAACCAGACGACAGUCCCUCUGUCAGUAUGCAGUAGCAGCUGUCUUCCAGGCACUCGGAGGGCCAUCAGGUCUCACUUCCCUAUCUGCUGCUUUGACUGUGUGGUCUGUACAGCAGGGGAGAUUAGCAAUCAGACAGAUGCUAUAGAGUGUGUUCGCUGCCUACCUGAGUUCUGGUCCAAUGAGGAGUGUACAGCCUGCAUCCCCAAGCAGGUUGACUUCCUGUCCUACGGUGACACAAUGGGUAUGGCUCUGCUCUCCGUGGCCCUCCUGGGGUCCUUCUGCACUGCCACAGUCGUCCUCAUUUUUGCCUGUCACCACGACACCCCCAUCGUCAGGGCCAACAACUCUGAGCUGAGCUUCCUGCUGCUCUUCUCCUUGACUCUGUGUUUUCUGUGUUCUCUUACUUUCAUUGGCCGGCCCUCUGAGUGGUCCUGUUCACUGCGCCACACAGCGUUUGGGAUCACCUUCGUCCUCUGCAUCUCUUGUGUUCUGGGGAAAACAAUAGUGGUGUUGAUGGCCUUCAGGGCUACACUUCCAGGCAGUAAUGUCAUGAAAUGGUUUGGGCCUCUACAGCAGAGAGCCUUCAUCUCACUCUGUACUAUGGUCCAGGUGGUGAUCUGUGCUGUGUGGCUGGCUGUUUCCCCUCCCAGCCCACGCAGACUGAUGACACGUGAGAGUGCCUGUGUCAUCCUCCUAUGUGAUGAGGGCUCAGCCCUGGGCUUCUGCCUUGUGCUGGGCUACAUCGGCCUGCUGGCCUCUCUCUGUCUCCUCUUAGCCUUCCUGGGCAGAAAACUCCCAGACAACUUCAACGAGGCCAAGCUCAUCACCUUCAGCAUGCUGAUCUUCUGUGCCGUGUGGGUGGCCUUCGUCCCUGCCUACGUCAGCUCUCCUGGGAAGUACUCCACGGCCACGGAGGUGUUCGCCAUCCUGGGCUCCAGUUUCGGCCUGCUGACCUGCCUCUUCCUGCCCAAAUGUUACAUCAUUCUGCUGAAGCCUGAGAAGAACAACAGGAAACACCUCAUGGCCAAGUCUGAACCUGACAAGACAUUCUAGUGGAUCCUACAACGUCUAUCAUUUAUAUCAGGGACGGGCAACUGACGGCCCGCCCCCCCUUUUGUAGGCCCGCGGAUCAAUUUGCAAAACUGAUCAAUUUAGUUUUUUUUAGGACAGUCAGGUUAUCAACUUAAUAUUGAAUAUUAAGAAUGGAAGAAUACACAAGGUGAAAUAUAGAGAUGUGGUUCUGUGUCAGCAUUUUCCUGUUGUUGUGUCAGUCACUGACAGUCUCUCAAUUAGCCCAUGUCAGCUAACGUUUUUCUAGAUUGCUCUAGCCAGCUAUCAUAAAACUGUAGUAAUCAUGGUCAAAUUACCACUCUCAUUUAGUCAACAUAUUGAAAACUGCAAACACUUAUCUACAACCUAUGGCAAAAUAUGCUAAAUCUUCUCUCUGCCACAUGGGAAAAUGUGUAGAAUUGCAAGAAACUUGCUUUAAAAUUGCACCAAUUUCUCUACGCCCAAUAGCAAAAUGUAUAGAUAAAUAAAACUGCUGCCCCACAUGAGUUCAGAUUUUUUUCGUGGCCCCUCCCUGAUUGAGAUUGUGUGGAAAUUAUAAUGUAGUUUCAGGAAGUUCAAUCAGGAAGUCUGAAUGGUUAUUUAACUAUAUCUAGUAAGUGUAAUAAUAUCUUUUGUUUCCUAUUCUAGGGGCAUAGUGGGAAUGAAUACAAACGUGUCAUCAUCACAGUGAGAAUGAAUACAAACGUGACAUCAUCACAGUGAGAAUGAAUACAAACGUGACAUCAUCACAGUGAGAAUGAAUACAAACGUGACAUCAUCACAGUGAGAAUGAAUACAAACGUGACAUCAUCACAGUGAGAAUGAAUACAAACGUGACAUCAUCACAGUGAG